AUGCUUUCACUUGUAGGACUAGGACUGGAGCCCGGCGACAUUUCGCUGAAGGGGGCGCGGCUUGCCCGGGAGGCCGACGUUGUCUACCUGGAGAAGUACACAAGCAUAGUUCUGGACGAAACAGAAAUAGAGGCUGUUUUAGGGCGAGAAGUAAAGCACGCGUACAGAGAAGAGAUCGAGGGGGCCGGCGGCAGCGAGCCUUUUAUUAUAGAAGAAGCCUCCAGCAAGAACGUGGUGCUUUUGGUUGUUGGAACGCCUCUUUUUGCAACCACGCACACGGAGCUGCUGAUACGCGCGCAGGAGCUGGGAAUUCCCGUGCGGGUGCUGCACAACGCGUCCAUACAGAGCGCCUUCGGGUGCUGUGGGUUCAACUCGUACGGGUUCGGGCGAACUGUCUCGAUCCCGUUUUUCAUAGAAAAUUGGCGGCCGUACGACUUUGUGCGAAAGAUCAUGGAGAACUUCAGCAGCGGCCUGCACACGCUGUGCCUGCUCGACAUAAAGAUAAACGAGCCCACGCUAGAAACUCUGCUGGGAAAAGAGGACCGGCGAUAUACGCGGUUUAUGACGAUUCCCGAGGCUGUUUCCCAGAUCCAGGAGGCGGCGCAGCACUGCGGAGUCACGCAGCUGGCAGGCGCGAAGGCUGUUGCCAUAGAAAGGCUCGGCCUGCCCAGCGAAGAGUUCACGUAUGGAACCCUGGAGGACCUGCAGAAAAGGGAGUACGGCCCUCCCCUGCACUCCAUCAUCAUCCCGUCCGCGCACGGAAACGAGAUGGAGCGAGAGUGCGUUGAGAGAUUUUUCCAGGCGCGAGGGACCGCUGAGCAAAACUAG